AUGUCUUCUGAUAUUCCUAAACUGCCUCUCCUUCCACCGCCCCCACCUUUCACGCCACCUCACCUAAAGAAACUCAAACAAACUCCUCUCCAUCAGAUUGUCUUAUCGAAACAAGCCCGGAGCCAGCAGACUGAGACAUCAGAAGUGCUGCACAACAGCAAGAGUCGACCAAGAGAGCAACCAAUACUCAGACAACCUCGGAGGACAAAUCCACUUAUAUGGUUUUGUGCAAUCUUAUGUAUGAUAUUCAGCCUCUUCCUGAUCUUCUUUGGAAUAGCGACUUUAGUAAUCUUUCUUGAUGUUAAACCAAGGACUCCAGUGUUUGACACCCCCGCAGCAACCCUCAAUGUCAUAUACUUUAAUUCUCCCGAUUUUCUAAAUGGAGAUGUAAUAUUUCUUGCAAAUUUUUCAAACCCAAAUAGGAAAUUGAAUGUUAAAUACGAGUACCUGGAUAUCAAGCUUUUCUUUUCAGAGAAUCUAAUAGCGGUUCAAGCUCUUCAACCGUUCAGUCAAAAUCCUGGAGAAACGCGAUUGAUGUCAGUCCACUUGAUAUCUAGCUUGGUUCAUCUGCCACCAAAUACUGUUCUUGAACUUCAAAAGCAGGUGCAGAGAAACAGGGUUGCAUAUGAUAUACAAGGGACUUUUAGAGUGAAAGCUAAGCUAGGAAUUUUUCAUUUUUCUUACUGGUUGCAUGGGAGAGCAAAGUAG